AUGCAAGACCAAGUGCAAUCUUUAUCAGAGCAUGGAGUAAAAUCUACAGCCCUUUUGGACACAUGCUCAGCUGAAGAAUUUGAAAGUAGCAGUUUAAUUUUUUCGUCACCAGAAGCUGCUGUGUUGCCAAGAUGGAAAAAAAUGAUUAGGAAGAGCAGUAUGUCAGUUGUUGUGUUUGAUGAGGCACAUUGUAUUUCCCAGUGGGGUCUUGACUUUCGACCAGAUUACAGAAGAGUGUCCACAUUACAAAGCUGGCUGUCUGCACCAACAUUAGUCCUAACAGCUACUGCCACUAAGAAAAUCCAAGAAGACUUGUUUGAAGUUUUAGGAUUGACUGAAGAAAAUACACAUGUUGUGGCUGCACUGCCAGACAGGCCAAACAUAUUUCUUCAUCUGGAGCAAGUUGUUGAAAAUUUUGAAGAGGAACUGAAAUGGCUUCCAGAUCACCUCAAGCAAGAACCCACAAAUGUGAAAAAGAUGAUUAUUUAUGUCAGGUCAAUCAACACUUGUCAGCAGAUGUUCACAUGGUUGCUUGAUGAAUUGGAAGAAGGAAUUUUUUUCGGUGGAGAAAGAAUACCAGAAAACAGGAUUGUCGAGAUGUUCCAUGCAAAUACAGACGAUAUCUCCAAGAAAAGAAUUAUGGAGCAGUUCAUUUCCACCAGCGGGCAUCUGAAAUUAUUGAUAUCCACAGUAGCAUUUGGAAUGGGAGUGAACAUCAAGGAUGUAGAUCUUAUUAUCCACUGGGGGCUGCCUUCUUCCUCUUUAUGUUACUGGCAAGAGAUUGGGAGGUGUGCCAGAGAUGGAAGAAAUGGAUAUGCCAUUUGCUACUCAUUCAAGAGAAGUGAAAACAAAUGCCAAGACGACUCACUUAAGAAAAUAGUCGACAAGGAGUCCCCUGUACAUUGCCUACGAGAGGUACUUCUACGAAACUUUCUACUAAAAGGAAUCCCAGAAUCUGCCCUCGUGGCCAUCACUGCAGACAAACCAACUAAUCAUGACACUUGUGAUAAGUUAUGUGCCUGUUCCAAAUGUACAUGUUGUAGCAAAUGCAUUGACAGAUGUAAAUGCUCAAAGAAGAGUAAAAACAUCUUAGAUAGUUUCCUGAAAAGGAGAGCAUAGAUGCUCUACUGUUUCAUUUUUUACUUUGUUAACUUGUGGAGAAAAUGUUUUGCAUCAUGCAAUAUGAAUAUCUGGCCCUAGUUAAAAGACAUUUGUUAAUUUGUAUAUAAUUUCUCUGAUUUUUGUUACCUUCCUUAAAGGUGAUAUUUUGUCACUAAUAUUGACC